AAAAUUGCUAAUUCGACGUACUCACGGACGUGCUGACAUGGCCUGUAAUAAACCACAAAUUCAAAUUUCUCUCAUCUAAAUCUCUGCAUGGACCUGACAAUGGAUGCUAUUUGUAGAAAAUUAUAGUGCAAUACCAGGAAAGGCACGAAGGAAGAAAGUGCAUAUGACAUUUGAAUCCUUGGAAUAGGUUGUAGGGUGGAACGCUUAUAUUUUUCUUCAGUUAAAAGAAGAAAUCCACAAAUGAAUAUAGGCGGUGUCAUCAGAAUCAGCGCAGGAAAACAGCUUCUACAGUCUUCAUUCCUUCUGUCAGAGUCUGCAGCGUUUCUCGACCAAGGAAGUGUGUUGUUUACCACUAGCGUUUGGAAACAUGUAGUGCUUGCAAAGAAAAGUUCAAAUUCCAGAGCACAAAAUAAGUCUGCCAAGCAUAUACAAAUAAAGGCUUUGAAUGCACUUAGAGAGGUUGGAGAUGGUUUCUCAAUAUCUUCCGCCAACGAGGCACCAAGCACAAUAUCUACAGUUAUGGACGAAAAUUCUGGGCUUGCGCCUGAGGUAGAACGUUCACUGGAGGCUCUCAUACUGCUCCAGAAGUCUAUGCUAGAGAAGCAGUGGUAUCUUAAUCUCUAUCCAACGGAAUUCAGAGAAUUUGGUUUUUGGAAAAGCCAUGGAAGAUCAGAAGUUGUCCGUUCAGGGAAAGCAUCUGCAAGGCAGCGGCGCCAGAAUGCAAGAAGGAAGUCUUCAACUGAGAAUUUCGUCAAAUCAGAACACAUUACUCAAAUAGCAGAUCAAAGCAAUCAGGAGCGUGUGGCUGUGCAAAUAGGAUCACUAAGGGAAACCGUAGCAACUUCAAUGAAGAGUAUGCUAAGCCAAAAGUUACUUACUCACGAAGAGGUUUUACACCUGUCAAGUAAAAUACAGAUUGGCAUUACCUUACGAAAACACAGAUCAAGGCUGAAAACCAAAUUAGGUUACGAACCUUCAAAUGCACAAUGGGCUGCUUCUAUGGGUAUCCCUGUCAUGCAUCUAAAUAGAAAGUUGAUGGAAUCUUAUAUUGCAGCACAAAAAAUGGUAGCGUGCAACAUACGUCUUGUUGUAUCAAUAGCCCAGAAGUAUGAAAAUACAGGCGUUGAUAUCAGAGAUUUGAUUCAGGAAGGCUUAAUUGGGCUGAGACAUGGAAUCGACAAAUUUGAUUCCUCAAAAGGUUUCAAGCUGUCAACUUAUGUGUAUUGGUGGAUACGUCAGGGUAUCACAAGAGCAUUGGUUGACUAUAAAAGAACAGUAAGAAUACCUAAUCAUGUGCAUGAGAGAUUGGCUUUAAUUAGGAAAGCCAAGUUAACUCUUCAGGAGAAUGGUGUCACUUCAUCAGUUAAGAAUAUUGCAGCAACCUUAAACAUGUCAGAGAAAAAGGUGAAAAAUGCUACACAGGCAAUCAAGAGGGUAUAUUCUUUUGAUAAAGAAUAUUGUGUAUUCGAAAAUAAUAAAGCUCAAACUUUUCACAGUAGAAUUGCAGAUCCAAAUUCUGAAAAUUAUCCAUGGUUAAUGGUAGAUGGGUUUUCUUUAAAAGAAGAUGUGCAUAAACUAAUUAAUUCAACAUUAACAAAUAGAGAGCAAGUAAUAAUUAAGCUAUAUUUUGGUUUAGACACACAGAGACAUACAUGGGAAGAUGUUAGUAAGAGACUUGGAUUGUCCAGAGAGAGGGUGAGACAGAUUGGGCGUAUAUCAUUGGGAAAGCUGAAGCAGGCAACUAGACGUCACAAGCUGCAACCACCAUUUUAAUCCAGAGUUAGCUGAUGGUGACCAACAGUAGCGGCAAUUCUAGAUUUUACUUUACAAACAUUGUUGCUUACAUUCACAUAUCUAUGUGCAGAUUGUAUAUUUCCUGUAAUCUAGUUUGUGUAACGAGAGAUGUAGAUAAAUAAAAUGCCCAUAUAUUUUAAGCCAAA